UGCCCCGCCUACAACCCGACUCCUCGACCACCUUCACCUCCAGCUCAGACGGUAGCCAUGAUUCAGAUACCUCCUCUCCCGAGCGCCUCCGCUUCCGGAUCGGCGACCCACCACCCCUCUACACCAUCAACCUCUCCCUACCGCCCGAGGAGCGCUACACCCAGCUCUGCGCCGACUUCAAGCACGAGCUGCACGAGCUCACGGGCAUCUACCAUGCCGUCCUCGCAUACAUGCCUUUUCCGCGCUUGUUCGGCUACAUCGCGCGCCGUAUCCUGCGGAAGGUAUGGAGCGAGGAGGAGACGAGGGAGAUUAGGGGCAUCGCGAAGGAGACGAGCGUGCCGUUGCAUUUGGUCGUGGCGUAUAAUACGUUCUUGGACUUGUUCUCGGGGUGUGUGAGUGGGGGCGUGAGGGUUGACGUGGAUGACGGGAAAGGAGGAGGGGUGAAGGCGGGAAAGAUGGUUCAUUUUAGGAAUUUGGAUUGGGGGAUGGAUGCGUUGAGGGACCUGGUUGUGAGGGUGGAGUAUGUACUCGGUGGGAAGGUUAUCGCUAGGGCAGUAACAUAUGCUGGCUUUGUCGGUAUUCUUACCGGGGUAAGGGAAGGCCUUUCAAUAUCCAUGAAUUACCGUGCCCGCGUGCACUCCCAAUCCUCCACGCUCCUUAACCGAAUUCACCACCUCUCCCUCCUGUUGGGACGGCAACCCUCCAUCGCCUCCCACCUGCGCCAAAUCCUGCUCUCUCCCGGUCCACCGCCGUCCCUCGACGCCCUCGCGCGCCGCUUCCGCAAAACAAAAGCCUCAUCUGCCUAUCUCACCUUCUGCACGCCCUCGGCGGUGCUCGUCGUCGAGAAGGACCUGAAGUCGGCGGGAACGCGGACGUCAGACGAGUUUCUGGCGGUGACGAACCACGAUCUGUCGAUGGAGGCGUGGAAGCCGGAGCACUGGCGUAAGUUCUUGGAGAAGGAGGCUGGGCCUGAGCUUGGAGGAGCAAAGGAUUUGAUGGAGGAUAGUAUAGAGCGGAAAUCGUGCGUGUUGAAGAUGUAUGAAGCGAAAAACAAGGCCGAGGAGAAGGCGACAGUGGAGGAGGUGAAGGAGUGGCUGAGAAAGUAUCCGAUUAGGAACGAGUGCACACAUUAUUCGUGCAUUAUGGAUCCCUCGGAGCCCGGUGGUGGCCUUGUGUGGGUGGAGACGUGCGAAGUUGAGUAAC